AUGUUUUCUAAAAAACACUUAUCCGGUAGUGAAAAACGAAAAAAACGAAAAAUUGUUGAGGCUUCUUUACAAAAAGAAAAAGGGUCUAUGGUUAAAUUUUUAAAACCAAUAAGUUCUAGUGAAGAAAAUAUUAAUUUGAAUGUACAUGAUUCUAACUUAAAUGAAAAUGUCGCUAGUGUUAAUGAAGAAAACAUUACUUUAAAUGAACAUGAUAAUAAUUUGAAUGAAGAAAAUAUUAAUUUGAAUGAACAAGAUAAAAACAUAAAUGAAAAUGUUGCUAGUAAUUUAAAUGAACAUGAUACUAAUAUAAAUGUAGAAAAUACUAAUGUAAAUGAAUCUAUAGAUAUUUUUGACCCUAGAAAUUGGGAUACUCUUGAUAUUAAAUCAAGAGAUAUUCUAAUUGAAAAAUGGCCAAUAAGAGAAAUGAAUCUUGUGUUUCCUAAAGAUAAAUUUUCUAGACAUUUUUCUUAUGCAUUUUAUACUAGAAAGUUAAAUAAUGGAUAUAAUGAUUGGAAACAUCUUAGCGAGAGACUUAAAGAACAUGAAAAUAGUAAUGAACAUUUUGUUUGUAUGAGUAAUUGGAAUGAAGCAAAACUAAGAUUAGAUAAAAACCUUACAAUUGAUAAUGAAUUACAACAAGAAAUGAUAAAAGAAAAAGAACGUUGGAGACAAGUAUUAAGAAGAAUAAUAGCGGCUGUAAAAUUCUUAUCUAAAUAUAAUUUGGUUUUUCGAGGGUCUAAUGAAAAACUUUUUCAAGAUAACAAUGGUAACUUUUUAGGAGUAAUCCAAAUGAUGGUUGAAUAUGAUGAAUUUUUAAAAGUAGAUGAUACUUCUGGUUUGGGGAUAUUUAAUGAAUUAUUAGAUGCAUUGAAAUUGUUAGAUCUUAAUGUGGAUGAUAUAAGAGGUCAAGGUUAUGACAAUGGGUCUAAUAUGAAAGGAAAACACCAAGGGGUUCAAAAAAGAAUGCUUGAAAUUAAUCCUAGAGCUUUAUAUAUGCCUUGUGUUUGCCAUAGCCUUAACCUUACGAUUAGUGAUAUGGCACUUUCUUGUGAAAAAGCUGUUACAUUUUUUGGAAUUGUGCAACACCUUUAUACAUUAUUUUCUAGUUCUACUAAAAGAUGGAAAAUAUUGUUAGAUAAUGUUCCAACUUUAACCUUAAAAUCAUUAUCUAAUACUCGUUGGGAAAGUAGGAUUAAAAGUAUAAAAGCAAUUAGAUUUCAAGCUCCUCAAAUAAAGGUUGCUUUGCUAAAAUUAAGUAAAACAUGUGAUGACCCAAAGUCAAAAAGUGAAGCUAAAAGCUUACUCAAAUCUUUUGGGAAAUUUGAAUUUUUAGUUGGUAUGGUUAUUUGGUAUGAAGUUUUAUUUGCAAUUAAUAUUGUAAGUAAAAAGUUGCAAUCUAAUUCUAUUUGUAUUGAUACUACUAUUAACCAAAUAGAAAAUAUUAUGAAGUUUUUUGAAAAUUAUAGAAAUGAAGGUUUUACAUCAAGUAUUAAUAUUGCUAAAACUAUUGCACUUGAUAUGGGUGUAGAGCCUACAUUUCCAUCAAAACGUCGUAUUGUUAGAAAAAAACAAUUUGAUGAAAGUGAUAAUGAAGAAGAAACACAAUCGGUUGAAGAGUAUUUAAAAGUUAAUUAUUUUUUGGUUGUUGUGGAUAUGUCAUUAAGUGAAAGUGAACUUAAAGAAAGUUGUAUAAAGUUUGCUACUACUUUUUCUAAAGAAAAUGUUUCCGAUGUGGAUUCAAGUGAACUUUUUUCAGAAUUGAAAGUGUUGAAAAUGACUUUACCUAAUGAUAUAAUUUCUGCUGUUGAUUGUUACCCAAAUACUUUUAUUGCAUAUAGCAUUUUGUUAACCAUUCCUGUCACUGUUGCAUUUGCAGAGAGAAGUUUUUCAAAGUUAAAGUUAUUGAAGAAUUAUCUAAGAUCGUCGAUGUCGCAAGAAAAGUUGAAUGGAUUGGCAAUGUUAUGUAUAGAGAAAGACAUGUUAGAUAAAAUUGAUUUGGAUAAUAUUAUUAAUGAUUUUGCAUCUAGAAAGGCUAGGAGAAAUAUUUUCCUUUAA